ACCAGAUCAUUUGAAAAGAUCUCAGUCUCUCAGUCCAGCCUAGCAUCUCUCCCCAUCGCUGUGAGGACCAUGCAGAACAUGACCGCUCUACUCCUUCUGGGGAUGCUCUGCUCCCUAUACAUGUCUAAGGCUUCAGAGGCCAUUGAUACUACAAAAGGCUCCUGCUGUCCAAGAUUCAUUGACUACAAGAUUCCACUGAACAGGUUAAAAGAGUUUGCCGCGACCCCUAGUCGCUGCCCUUUCAGAGCAAUAGUGUUUACAACAAAAGCCAACAAGAAGUUUUGUGUUAACCCCUCUCUGGACUGGGUGAUAAACCACAUAGAAAAAAUUGGUAGCCGUUCAACACCUGUCAUGUCAUCGGUGAUGUCCUCAACCACACCUGUCAUUCCACUGAUGUCAUCAACCAAAACAGCAUAG